UUUCUGACGUUGCAAGGACAUGUCCAAACCAUAAAGGUUUUUCUUUUAUUAGUGGUGGGUGGCUAUGGAGCAAUUCUCCUCGUCGGUCAAUUUCUAUUCCAAGGAGUGCUCCGUGCCAAAAUUGUAGGAUGGAUCUGCACUGUGUAUUCUGUAUGUACGUAUGUAGCACCAUUAUGCAUAGUGAGAAAAGUUAUCAAAACCAAGAGCGUGGAAUACAUGCCAUUUCUCCUAUCACUUUUCCUCACAUUAGGUGCUGUCAUGUGGUUCUUCUACGGCUUUCUUAUAAAAGACCCCGUCAUUUAUUCACCAAACAUAUUGGGAUUCAUCUUCGGUAUUCUACAAAUGGUGCUUUACGCCAUUUACAACAAGAAAGAGAAGAACAUCGUGAAGGAGCAGAAACUUCCAGAGCUACUACAAAAUCAUGUCAUAAUUUUAGAUGAUCAGAAAAAGCUUCCUCAUUUAACUGAAGAGCAGAUUAUUGACAUUUGGAAGCUUGGUUCACUGGUUUACUGUGAGAAACUUAAUGCACGUGGUGCUGAAGCAGCAGCUAAUGUUGAGAAUAUGCCAAAGCUGCAAACUGUGCAUACCUAAGACCUAUGAUUAAUUAUCAAACCUAAAGUAAUCUAAGAUUGGAAUUGGCAGUUUCCUUUCGUUUGCUUUUUCCUAAUUAUCCUAACGUGUUUUGUUUGUAUACACAAGUGAAUUCUCAGCUCAUCAAUGUAAUAAUAUUUCUCUUGUCAUGGACCUAGAACAAGAAAAUGCUUGUAUGUAUUUUCUUUGUUACUAAUAAAAUACACUUUUUU